GCGGACUUGAGGCAGCUGAGCGCGAGUUUUAAUCAAAACAAGUGCUGACAGUACGUAUUUCCUAUGAAAAACUCAUUUGUUUCAGUGUCCGACCCAAUGCGGUGGUUGCCAAAAUAUUUGGAGACCUAAUUGCUACGCUCUACUUUCCGGGAGGGGGACUCGAACUCACAUGUUCAGAUUCGAUCAUCGUGGACUAGAACGCGGAUAGUCUGCCUUCGCCACCUAAAAGGGGCGGUCGAUGAGUCUACCAGGUGACCCUUUAACUACAUCUCGCUGGACAGCCAACGUGACAAGACACACAUGACGGAACGUCUGAGAAGAUAAUGUUCAAGGAAAGGGGGCCAGAUGUUGACGACCCUGAGCAAGGUCAAGAGUUGCCGUCUAAGCCCUUCUUCGAUUUAACACCCUCCUCCAGAGGUCGGCAACGUAAAAAGAACAUAAGAUUACGGGACUAUGACACCUGCGAAACAAAUGAGGACCCAAAGGAUGAGGAAGUGCUGGCGAGGAAGCCCCCGGCAAAGGCGGCGGCAACAAUUCCCAAGAACACGCCUGCCAAGCGAGGAGGACGUCCGAGAAAGCAUACGCUGGUGGGUGCAGAAGUCUCCGCAUCACCUCGCGUGGCCAACGGGGACGUCUCGGCCCAUACGAACAAUUCCCCCUCGCCUGUCACUGAGGGGUCUUUGGAGAAUGGGAUGCCGAAGCCAAAGAAGAAGUACGUGAAAAAGCAGAAAGUGAAUGUAGAGCCUGUCCCACCAAGUGAGACGAUUAAAGAAGAAGAACCUGAGGUGUUGUCACCAGGAGGCCGCCCAAGGAGGAGUGCUGCUAAAAUGGCAAUUAAGUUCCUCCACGCAAUGGUGAAAGAGGGAACUAAUUCUUCCCUUGACGGUCCAAACGAAGCCAUCCCCAAGCCGGCAUUGGAAACCACGCAGGAAAAUAGUCCUCAAGAGAAAAAAGGCCGCAGAGGCAGAAAGAGAAAAUAUUCGGAUGGUGACGCUGCAGAAGACGAGGACUUUGUUCCCGAGCUCGCGGAAGCCGAAGCAUCGGAGGAGGAAGACAAGGAAGAGCUGGAGGUGGAUGAAGACGACUUGAGCGACUCGGAAUAUCACAAAGAAAAAUACAGUUGCACUACUGCUCGUGUACUCCAAGUUCCCGCCCUCUUGUUUGGCGCCAUUUUGGAAACCGUCAAAACUCACAAGAAAUUUCGUGACAUGCAACUCUGUAGCUGGGUGUUUCCGGAGUGGCUGCCCUCCUCCAGCGUCUGGCAUCGCGUGCCCUCCAGUCAACUGGAGUCCUAUCUACCUCAGGAGUGUCUCUCGGCUGCUUUCAAAGUGUCCAGGGACGGUUGCGGAAAGGAGACGCCGCUGCAGAGACUCAACAGGUUUGAAUCGCUACCCGCCCACCCGCAGUGCUGGGACAUGCAUUUGUUCACCGGCGGGCCGGUGUGGGCCAUGGAGUGGUGCCCAACGCCAGAUUGUGCGGUGGCUUCGCAGUACUUGGCCGUUGCCUGCCACAAGGACAUGGAGGAGCAGCACUAUUUUCACAAAACCUAUUCUGGACCGGCGUUGGUUCAACUGUGGGAUGUGGGCACACUGGAGUACAACACCAGGCCAGACUCCCAGCCUAGCCUAGCAUACGGGCUGGCCCUGGACAAAGGUUUCAUCUGGCACUUGAAGUGGUGUCCAUCAGGCGCUUGGGAGUUGCCAACCUCCCAGAAAAAGGCUCCUCUAUUGCCGAGACUUGGUCUCCUGGCCGUUGCUACUUCCAUGAGUGUGGUCACCAUCUACAGCCUGCCCCAUCCCGAUGCCCUGCGCGCGAGCCAAAAGCACCCAGACUCAGGCGACGCCAGCCCGUCACCGAGCAUUUACAAGCCUCAUCCUGUGGUCACCCUGAAGCUGGGCUCCUUGAAGGCUCCUCCCCCGGAGAGCAGUGGCCAGGUUCUGUCCAUGGACUGGCUGCCCGUCAAACCGCACGACAUCAUCGCCAUUGGCUUCUACAACGGCUUGGUGGGUCUGUGGGAUCUGAACACCAAAUCUCCAUAUUUACGCGUCCAAGAGUCACAUGACCCUCCCAGCUUGCUGCCGUACAAAUGCUUCCUCGCUCACGAGCACGCCGUGCGAGCGCUCACGUUCUGUCCCGCCAGCAGACAUUUUGUGGCAACGGCCGGGGAGGACCGCCUCCUGAAGACGUGGGAUCUGCGCAGGCUCUACGGGCCUGUCACGGUGCACAAACGUUCACUGAUUAAUGAGAUCUGCUGGCCCGCCAAUGCACCAGGACUUCUAUGGGCCCAGGAUUCCGUCUUUGCAGCCAACAGUGGAAAUGGAGUCCAUUACUUAGAUCACCAAAUGCAGUCUUACUUUGCCGUACCCAGGCAGACCACCAUUUGGUCCGCCUCCUACUCUGAUUGGUUCCACGGUUUUCUGACGUCAGACAUGAUCGGCGAUGUCAUCUUGUGCAUGUUGCCGCCCUUGUUAGACGGCGCUCCUCAGUACAUCAAAAAAACAGUGGAAAGGAGAUUUCCUGUCUACAUGACUUCUAUGGAGCUGCACGGCGCCACUGAAGAGGCGAAUGAGGAGGAACAGGAAGUGUGCAAAGAGGAGAGGAAGGAGGAUGAUGAAGCAGAGGAAGGAACGAGUGGCGGCGGGAAGGCUGAGACUGGAGCGCAUCCCUAUGAGUCAUACAAAGACACACAGAGGAAAUACUAUCUUCAUCACACUGACAAUAACAUGAAGUUAUUUACCAAAUAUGGACGCUUGUGGAAGCGGAUGAAAAACACAGAGUUCACCAAUAAGCUCGAUUUGGAUCUGAUGCCUUUGGCCUCACUGCACAAGGUGCGUCUCAGUCCAAACCUGAGCUGCCACACGUGGAUGGCAUCGGGGGGCCAAGCUGGCCUGGUCCGCCUCCACUGCAUCAGUGGAAUGAACAACAAAGGCGUGCAAAACCUCAUCCACCGGGCCUGCAGUGGCCCCCUGGAGGUCUCCCCAGAUGACCCCCAAGACGUUCCUCAGGAUGUCCCCUCAGACACCUCCCAAGACAUUCCACAGGUGGGCCUCUAGGACAUCUCCCCCGGAUGCCUCCUAAGAUGUCCCCCAGGAUCCCAUAAGACCGCGACAAAUUGUUUUUGUCUUUUUUUAUCCCAUUACAGCAAGUCUAAAUAUUAAAAAAAGAAAGUUUUGUGGACGACUUGAGUUACGGAAUUACUUGAACGCACCUUUAUUUGGCCAAAUGUUGUAUAUUUUUUAACAGAAAAUAGCUUCAUUAUCACAAAUAUGUUAUGUACAGAAUGUAUACGCAUUUCUAGUCAAAUGCUGUUUGAAAUUUUAGCGUUUCUUAUGGAAAACAAACUGUAAAUAUGUUGCCUUUUUCUAUUCUAUUCAUUGUUUUGAUGAAUUAAUAAAGUCGAUUUUGAACAUUGGCUCAUGUAA